AUGUCUGCAGCCAAGCCACCCCAUCAGGAUCCAGACUCUGACCCAGAGGACACAUCAGAUGAGCUGACUGAGCUGGUCUGUCUGGAGUCAGACCUGAAGGAUGGACAGAUGAUGGAGGUUGAAGUUGGACGUCACAGUGUGUUGCUGACGCGCUUUGAAGGCAAAUUCAAUGCCUUUGGUAACCUGUGUACACACUAUGGUGCUCCACUCAGCAAAGGGUUUAUUUCAGGUCAGAGGGUGCGCUGCCCGUGGCACGGCUCCUGCUUUAACCUCAUAACAGGAGAUCUGGAGGAGUAUCCUGGCAUGGACUGUUUACCCUGCCACAAGGUCAAGAUUCUAAACAGCAAAGUGUAUGUGUCCAUAAACAAAAAGACUAUAAGGCAGCAGAAAAGAUUAAAGCAUAUGGGACGUGCAGAACCAGGAGUCACCCACACCAUUCUGCUGCUUGGUGGAGGGGCUGCGUCACUGAGCUGCGCUGAGACUCUUCGACAGGAAAACUACAACGGCCGAAUCAUCAUGGUCAGCAGGGAUGACCUUUUACCAUACGACAAAACCCGCCUCAGCAAGGUCAUGAAUGUGGAGAGCUCCAGUAUUAUGCUGAGGACCAAGGAGUUUUACCAGCAGUAUGACAUUGAGGUGUGGCUCAAGAAAGAAGCAUUGUCAGUGGACACUGACAUGAAGACAGUCACUUUUGACGAUGGUUUGGUGCAGAAAUACGACCAGCUGCUCAUAUCAACGGGCUGCAGAGCAAAAGGUCUGGAUAUUCCCGGCAUGCAGCUGGGUAAUGUCUUUAUGUUGGAGACGCCAGAGAAUGCCCGACAAAUCCACGCAGCCUCCGUUGGUCACAAAGUCGUCCUUGUGGGAUCUUCUUUUGUAGGGAUGGAAAUUGGAUCAUAUUUAAUUGGCAAAGCUUCCAGUAUCACAAUAAUUGGCAGCAGUGAGCAGCCAUACCAGAACACACUGGGUCCUGAAAUAGGCAAAAUCACCAUGAAAAUGCUGUCUGACAAGAAUGUGAAAUUCUACAUGAAUGAUAAUGUGACGGAGGUCAGGCACGAAAACGGAAAGGUGAAGGAGGUUGUACUGAAAAGUGGAAAAGUUGUCCCAGCCCAGGUUUUGAUUGUUGGUAUUGGCAUCAUUCCUAACUCAGAGUUCCUCCGAGGCACUAAAAUCCAGAUGGACUCAAAAAACUUUGUACCCGUUGACAAGCACAUGCAGACUAACGUCCCUGGGGUUUUCUGUGGGGGCGACCUGUCCACCUUCCCUCUGGCGAUGGCCAAAGAUCAUAGGGUCAACAUCGGACACUGGCAGAUGGCACAAACACACGGGAGGAUAGCAGCUCUGAACAUGUUGGGCAAACAGACUGAACUCAAUACAGUUCCUUUCUACUGGACCGUCCUUCUGGGUAAAACGGUCCGAUACACAGGUUAUGGAGAAGGAUACACUGAGAUAGUAAUGAAAGGAAAGCCUGAGGAGAAGAAGUUCCUGGCUUUGUACAUCAAGAAUGACCAGGUCAUAGCAGCAGUGAGCCUAAACUUCGACCCAGCGGUGUCUGCAGUAGCAGAGCGGCUCGUAACAGGAAAAGUCAUCACCAAAAAAGAAGCUCAAUCAGAUGACCUGAGUUGGCUACAGUUGUCCUGA